AUGAAAAAAAAUAGUGAAACAGAACAAACAGAAGGCUUGGUGUUGGCUGGGUUUGCUCGGACUCAGCAAGCGGCACCCGCCGCUGGUGGAACACGUCGCAUGCGUUCGUCACAAAUAAUGAACGCAAACGCAUUGCGGGCGUACUUUAGGACAAAAGAGGAAGAAACUGAAAAUUUGGCGUAUCGGGCUCGGAUGCAUCGCUUCUUUGCGGAGCUGGAGCCAUCUCUAACCGUCACUGAGCGAAACUUGACAGACCGAGUUCGGUACAUCCUGUGCUCCAACAUAUUUGGUGACGCUGAACUCGAACGAUUACGACCUGAGGCUGUUCACUCAUCAGAUGAAAAUGCUACGACGGGGAAUGCGGCGCCACUAAUUGCACAGCAACAUGCAUGGUGUCGUGGAUAUUCCAGUUGUGGUUGA